AGGCGCGAGCGCAGUACUGGGCGGGAAAUUGUAACGCAAACUUCUCCAUAAUAUAGUGUUGUGCAGUAUAUUAUUUGAAAAUUAAAUCGACUCCGAACAUUGUAAUAGUGAACUAGAGAAAAAAAUUACACGUUCUCAAAAUGUGGCGGCGAUUGAUAUUUAUAUUGCCGCUUCUACUAUCAGUAUCAACCAUAAGAGUACCAGUCGACAAAGAAGAAACGCCUACCGACGCGCCCAGCACCCCUGAAGCCACACAAAAUACGCCCGUGUACUACAUAACAGACGACGAAAAUGUCGACAGCUACCUCAUCCCUCCUAGCCCUCACAAACCAGAGGAAGCGCCUGAGGAAAUAGCUGGCUUACCAACAUUCCUGAUACCACCAUCAAAAGACAGACAGUCUGACUACUACGUGCCCAAGCAAUCUGCAGAUGUUCAAAGUGACUGGCUACCCAUUCUCCAAGCACAACCACUUCAAAACAAACGGAACGCUCCCACUUUCCAAAGAGUACCCUUAGAAACCAUUCCGAUUUUUUUUAACCCUAAGCAAGCCAGUGCACAGGUAUCUCUGCCUCCCGUCCCAUCAACUCACCUUGAGCCACCCUCAGUGGAUGCAGUCAACGAGUUCUUUAUAGAUGUUCCCGAGGAAGAAGUGCAUGUGAAUGAAAACAAUGAACCUAUUGAACCAUCUUCAUAUAACGUAGCUCCGCAAAAUGAAAAUCCCAAUGUUCCAAAGCAAAGUCUUAACCCCGCAGAACCCACCCUUGCCUUACAUUUGACGCCACCUAAACCGCAAUCAUUCAACGCGCCAACUAAACUUUAUCCGAAGAAAUAUGCUGGUGGAUUCCAGCCUGUUCCGAUACCCCUUGCUCAGUUUGCCGACCCCACGGCACAGGUGCCGAAAGCGAAGCCUGCGAAAUACUUCAAGCCACAAUCUAGCGCCGAAGUUGGACAGUUCGCACCUGACGAAAAGAAAUUGUAUCAUUACCAAAAGGCUGAACAUCAACGAAAACUGAAAGGAGAAGAGGAAGGUGAUAAGCAACUCCAGUCAGCUGAUGGUGUGUCAGAUGAAACAUAUGGCGAGCCUACUUCAGCCGAACAAGAAACUUCGGAAACUAACUUGAGAUACCCCGGACAUAAUGCGUACCCCAUACCUCCUCGUCACAAGCCCCAUGCUCCAGUGCGCUACGGGCCCCGGCCUGCUCCCAUUCGUCAGGCACCCGAGCCGACGCCCCCACAAGACGUGGGCCCGGCCGCACCGGCCCCCGACGGAAGGACAGAGUUUAGGAUGCACGGCAUGAAGGGACCUCACAGCUACCAGUUCGGAUAUGAUACUGGCAAAGGAAAGAACCGUCAAUUCCGAUACGAAGAACGCGACAACGAUGGUCUAGUGAAGGGGCAUUAUGGCUACGUGGACAGGGCUGGUAAACUUCGCGUUGUCAACUAUAGCGCACACCCGGAGUACGGGUUCCGUGCCGAAGAGCCCGUUGAAAAGCAAUCGUGAACAGGGAAUUUUACGUAGUUUAAUGAUAUGAAGUAGAAGUUCCUUAGUGUUAAAGUUGCCAGAUCCCUAAUUUUAGAGUGCCUAGAGUUUCGCAAGUAAGCUUUCUCGAUGCGUAAAUUUUCAUACAAUAGCAAAACUCGGCAUCAGCUCUCUGGACUUGAAGGAAAAUAAAGUAGAAUUUAAGAAAGAAAAAUCGUUUAUGCAAACAUUUAUGUACAUGCCGUUCUCGCUUUUCGAUGAAAAAUUUAGAAAACGAGAGGAAUGUUUUCCUAUUGAUAAUCUGGCAACACUAAUACUAUUUACCCCCGUCACUGUCAAACUGAACCAGUAAGAAAGAGACGGGAAUAUAGCCAAAGCGUGUGCUAAGUAACUUCUAUAAACGGCCUAAAUUGUGAUCGUCUAUGCUAUUUAUCGAUUAUAUAUUUUAAUAAUCGGGUGUACUAUUAUUGAUAAAGUUAUCUAAUCUUCAUGACCUCUGAAGAGUUCGUAUUGUAAAUAUCACUUUGUUGUAAAUAAUCGUAUUUACUACAGUACAUUUUGUCAAUGAGGAAUUCUCAUAAGACUUGAAUCGAUACAUAUAAAUAUGUAGGUAUUUAGUUAUGUUUAACUUAUAGGGUAUUAUAGGUGUGUUACCAUAAGUGUCAUAUAGUCGAUAAGAUAUAGUAAUUUAUAUGUUAAACAGAAGAAAAUAAAAAUAUAUAAUACAAUA